AUUUUAUAGGCGUGCAGGUUACAUUAAGUAGGGUGGUCUAAGACAUAAACAAACAAAUAAAUAAAUAAAAACAUCUACUGCAAUGUAAGAGCACAUACGCCGACCAAAGGAGGGCAGUAAUAUACUGUACCUUUAGCAUUUUCACCCGGCCAAAGACACGAAGAAGAGAACAUGUUUGACACCUCUGAGUUGCCGUAGAUCCGGAAGUGGUUCACAGCCAUCAGGUCUCCGGCGUGACAUUCACCGGUUUGUUGGGGUUGCGUAAACGGAGGACAGCGACCACCUUGUAUCGACCCAACCUUUGUCGAAAUGAAACUUUUAAAAGCGGGACUAUCUUUAGCUAAAGCUAAUCUGUUGACGCCGGGGAGCGUCACGGUUAAAAAGGUUCUCAUCAACAACUGUCGGUCAUGUUCCUCCGGUGUCUUCCCCAACGAGAGAAUCCGAAACAUCGGCAUCUCUGCUCACAUCGACUCGGGGAAGACCACCCUUACUGAGCGUGUCCUCUUCUACACCGGCAGGAUAGCAGCGAUUCACGAGGUGAAGGGAAAGGAUGGUGUUGGAGCCACAAUGGACUCCAUGGAGCUGGAGAGACAGAGAGGAAUCACCAUCCAGUCAGCAGCGACAUACACGGUGUGGAAGAACCACAACAUCAACAUCAUCGACACACCAGGUCACGUGGACUUCACCAUCGAAGUGGAGCGAGCGCUGCGUGUGCUGGACGGAGCAGUGUUGGUCCUGUGUGCAGUGGGAGGAGUUCAGUGCCAGACCAUGACCGUGAACCGACAAAUGAAACGCUACAACGUGCCCUUCCUCACCUUCAUCAACAAACUGGACCGAAUGGGAGCCAAUCACAUCCGAUCCCUGCAGCAGCUCAGAACCAAGCUGAACCACAACGCUGCCUUUGUGAACAUCCCCAUGGGUCUGGAGGGAAACAUGCACGGCAUCAUCGACCUGAUACAGGAGCGGAGCACGUACUUUGAAGGACCCUUUGGUCAAAGUAUUCGCUACGAUGAGAUCCCUGCUGAGUUCCGUGCAGAAGCAGCUGAUCGGAGGCAGGAACUUGUGGAGUGCGUGGCCAAUGCUGAUGAGAUCUUAGGAGAAAUGUUUCUGGAAGAGAAAAUUCCCACCAAUGAUGACUUGAAGGCUGCCAUCCGCAGAGCCACGCUGCAGCGUCUUUUCUCUCCGGUGCUGGUGGGAACGGCCCUGAAAAACAAGGGAGUGCAGCCUCUGCUGGACGCCGUCCUGGAUUAUCUACCGGACCCCAGUGAGGUCAAAAACUACGCCAUCCUGAAUAAUGAAGAGUCAAACGAAACGACAAAGAUUCUAAUGGACCCCAUUAGAGACGUUGUCAAUCCUUUUGUCAGUCUGGCCUUCAAACUUGAGGCUGGCAGGUUUGGUCAGCUGACCUAUGUGCGAGUUUACCAGGGCUGUCUGAAGAAAGGAGAAUACAUCUACAACACACGCACCAACAAGAAAGUCAGAGUUCAGAGGCUGGUGCGUCUCCACGCCGACCAGAUGGAGGAUGUAGAUGAAGUUUAUGCCGGAGACAUCUGUGCUCUGUUUGGAAUCGACUGUGCCAGUGGAGACACCUUCACAGUCAAGAGCAAAGACAACCUCUCAAUGGAGUCGAUUCACGUCCCAGAGCCUGUUAUUUCCAUGGCAAUGAAGCCGAGCAACAAGAACGACCUGGACAAAUUCUCCAAGGGCAUCAACCGUUUCUCCAGAGAAGACCCGACGUUCAGAGUUCAUUUUGACACCGAGAGCAGAGAAACCAUCAUCUCAGGCAUGGGGGAGCUGCACCUGGAGAUCUACUCCCAGAGGAUGGAGAGAGAAUAUAACUGUCCCUGUGUGAUGGGAAAACCUAAAGUAGCUUUCAGAGAGACCAUAUCUGCUCCUACACAGUUUGAGUUCACUCAUAAGAAGCAGAGUGGUGGUGCGGGUCAGUACGGUAAAGUUAUUGGAGUCCUGGAACCUCUGGAGCCAGAAGAGUUCACCAAACUGGAGUUUGAGGACCGGAGUAUAGGGACAAAUGUCCCCAAGCAGUUUGUGCCUGCAGUUGAAAAGGGCUUCAGAGAGGCCUGUGAAAAGGGACCACUGACUGGACACAAAAUCUCAGGAGUCAGGUUCGUCCUGGAGGACGGAGCCCAUCAUAUGGUCGACUCCAACGAGAUCUCCUUCAUCCGGGCAGGAGAGGGCGCUCUGAAGCAGGCGAUGGAAAAAGCCACCCCCUUCAUCCUGGAGCCAAUCAUGUCCGUGGAGAUCGUGGCUCCGCAGGAGUUUCAGGGAGCCGUCAUCUCUGGGGUGAACCGUCGGCACGGUGUCAUCACCGGACAGGACGGGUCUGAGGGAUACUUCACUCUGUACGCCGAUAUUCCACUGAAUGACAUGUUUGGCUAUGCUUCUGAACUACGCUCCAGCACUGAAGGAAAAGGAGAGUACACCAUGGAGUACAGCAAAUAUCAGCCCUGCCUGCCAGCUACGCAGGAAGAACUCGUCCACAAAUACUUAGAGGCCACGGGUCAGCUGCCUGUGAAGAAGAACAAGUGGAAGAACUGAGGCUGGUCCCCGUGGCCCAGCUGGACCCUGUUAUGACACCUGCCAUUUUCUUUAGAGCCAACCCCACUUCCCUUUCCUUUGGUAAACAGAUGUUAUAUUUAUUACUUUGAUUUUAGCACGGUCUGACGCCUGGGCUGUGUUUUUAAAAGAGAAGAUUAAGUCCGCUCAGCGUGUUGAUCUGAGCUCGGAAUUACUUUUGUGCUGAACUGCGGCCACACACACACACACUCACACACACACAGCUUCUCACAGAAGACACACAUACUCUACAAUCAUGUCUUAUACUGCAGUAACAAACCUCGUUGGUAGAGUCAGGACUCACUCCUCCGUCCACUGCUGCACCGGUUGGAUUUACGGUCUGGUUCUGUGACGUAGCCUCAGGUGCGACGGUUGAACUGGGACUGCCGGUGACCGCACUCAUCACCGCCAGGAACAUGAGAAUCCUCAAAGACAUUGUGGUGUCCUGGGGAGACGUCGCAGAAAGAGUGGCAGCACUGGUGUGAAUGAAUCCGAGCAGAGGAACGAUCCGCCCAUCAGUGUGGAGUUAUAUAAUGAAGAGGAUGGAGGGGGGGGUCCUGCUGACUUCCUGGCACCAUCUUCUCAUUUUAAUCUCUCUGACUAAACAAACUGCUCCGUUUUCUCUGGGUCUGGUUUUUGUUCGUCUGCGUGCUCACUUGAACGGUCGCUGCUGAAUGUUUAGACAAGGUGAUAAGUUGAGGAGGAGCAGUUCAUCAAGCAGGUGUGAACGAUGAGGUCAGAUUGAUGGGAUGCAGCCUUGUCAGAUUUCCCUUCACUAAGAAAACAUUUAUUUUCCAAAUUGAUACAAAAUUAAACUUUGUAACUGUAUCUUCACAUGUGAUGAGACGAAGAGGAAACUUCUGCUCUGGGAUUCUUCAAAUUGCUGAGUUGAUAAGUCGGUAAGAGUUACGGGAAAAUGUUUGGUUUUUUCAUCUGUUUUAGUCAGAAUCUCAUCAGUGUUUAUAUCAUUUUCUACAUCACGUGUACAGAGAAAUGCCCAACAAAGGGUAAGAAAACUUUUAUUAUUGUAACAAACCCAGAAAAUUAGAAUGAGAGCAGAGAAUAUUAAGAAAUUUACACUGUGUAAAAUAUUCUGUGAGCUCCUCGUCCUCUUUUUUUCGUUCUAUUCUUAAUUAUGUCAUUGUUAAACUCUGUGUUUGUCCCUUUUAUUAUGAGUGAAAGUAUUUUCAUGGAUGUGCAGUCGAAUUAAAACUACCAGGAACCCACAGUUUAA